CACAUGCCAGAGUAUCAGGGAAAUGGCUUUUGCCUGUAAAUUGCUGCAGAACUUUCUUGCACUUUUUAUACUAGCGCUUACUGUUGUUUGCGUUCCAGGUGAAGCGGCUUUUUCUAGAUUUCUUAAAUUCAAGAGUGCCUCUUUUCCGAAUUCGAAAUAUGCAGUGGAUGAAAACUGGUUCGUCCAAAGAUUGGACCACUUCAACGGGGCAGACAGUCGAAUUUGGAAGCAGAGAUAUUUCGUGAACGACCGUUUCUACAAACCUGGGGGCCCAGUGUUUCUCAUGAUAGGCGGGGAAGGACCAGCCAACCCUGCCUGGAUGCAAUAUGGAACUUGGCUGACUUAUGCAGAGAAGUUUGGUGCCUUGUGUCUGUUGCUGGAGCAUCGAUUCUAUGGCAAAAGUCAUCCGACCAAAGACCUUAGCCUGGAGAGCCUACGUUUCCUAAGCAGUCGUCAAGCGCUGGCUGACCUUGCCCACUUCCGCACAGUUACCGCAGAAUCUCGUGGACUCACCAGUAGCAAGUGGGUUGCGUUUGGGGGCUCAUACCCAGGGUCCCUUGCUGCCUGGUUCCGCCUUAAGUAUCCCCACCUCAUCCAUGCCUCUGUUGCAACCAGUGCACCUGUGUAUGCCACUGCAAACUUCCCAGAGUAUCUGGAGGUGGUGUGGCGCUCUCUGGCAGCUGAGACCCCGGAAUGCCCUUUACUGGUGAAGAAAGCAUCAGACACUUUAAUCGCUCAUCUCAAGGACCCACAGACUUACGACAACGUCACUAAAGACUUCAGACUGUGUUCCAAGUUGCAGAUUCAGUCAGACAUGGACUCUGCUUACCUGCUGGAGACGCUGGCUGGGAGCUUCAUGGAUGUUGUGCAAUACAAUGAGGACAACAGAGCCUUUGAGGGUGUGGUGGGCACUAACAUCACAGUAAAGGUGCUGUGCCGGCUGAUGCUGGACUCGUCACUGGGCGACCCAUAUGAUCGCUUUGCAGCUGUCACUAGGCUACUACAGGACACUUUCUCUCAGGCCUGCACUGAUGUCCAGUAUCUCCACUACCUCCAGGACAUGAGCAACACCAGCUGGAGCGGAGCCGAGGCUGGAGGAGGGAGACAGUGGGUAUAUCAGACCUGUACUGAAUUUGGAUUUUAUCAAAGUACGGACUCACCAAACCAGCCGUUUGGAGGAUUCCCUUUACCCUAUUACCUGCAGCAGUGCAGGGAUAUCUAUAACCUCACCGGCUCUGUGGCCAACGCAGUGCAGCAGACCAACGAGGAAUAUGGGGGAUAUGACAUCAGAACAACACGCAUCGUCUUCCCCAACGGUUCCAUUGACCCUUGGCAUGCCCUGGGAGUGACCAGUAACAUCACCAAUGACCUCCCGGCGGUCUUCAUCAAAGGUACAGCUCAUUGUGCUAAUAUGUACCCUGCCCGUGCUGAAGACCUCCCAGAGUUGAUGCUAGCACGAGAUCAGAUCUUCCUUUUGCUUCAAAAGUGGCUAAAGGAAUGAUGGCGAGCCAUGACAGCAAGUCGGUUUUGGCAUCUGCACUUAAUGAGAAUUAUGAUGAAGGGCAACAUACUGGAUGAAACUGUGCUCUGUUCUUUUGUCAGUAAGACUUAUAACAGAGAAUCAUUUAACCUUUUUAGAGGGAAAGAGUUUUGAAGGGACCGAACUGUGAAUUGCUCACUUUUUCACUUGAAAUUGCUCUGGGCUGCAUGCGAGUGAGACAAUCAAUUUACGCGAGAGGGU